GUUUGUUGAAAUAUAUGAUCGAAAACUGAAAAAUCUGUUUAGUUCAUAGACAGCGAAUCAAUAUGAGCUUGAAGUUCAGAGGAAAACACACCUUCGUGGUCAUGGCCACAAGUUACGUAGCUUGCUCGUAUUUAUUUGCCGAAAUUCCUCUUCAAUUUAUGCAAUAAUUUGAUGUAUGUGUUAUUGCGUUGCAAAGGUUAUACAGCGACAAAAAACUAGUUCGUACCAUUUUAUCGAAAAAAAACUUCUCAAUUAGCAUAUUAAAAUAUUAUUACAUGUACUUCUAACGAUUGACUGAAUGGGCAAAACAGAUAGGAUAUGACAGUUGAAGAUCCUUUUUUCGUUGUAAAAAAUGAGGUUGUGGAAGCUGUAAAUAAAACGAAAGAUUUAUAUCAACGUUGGAGUGAACUAAAGGAUUUAAACUUAAUCAGCAAGGAAGAAAUAGAAUGGACCACCACUGAGCUCAAAAACAGUUUUCGUAGCAUUGAAUGGGAUUUAGAAGAUCUCGAAGAAACUAUUUCUAUUGUUGAGAAGAAUCCUAAAAAGUUUAAAAUUGACUGUACAGAAAUCAAUACUCGGAAGGCUUUUAUUGACAAAACAAAGGAGGAAGUACAGUUAAUGAGAGAUAAAAUGUUUGAAACUAAAGAAAAGAAAACACGCCAGGGCCUUCUUGGAACUGGCUAUGCUAAAUACACUCGAUUAGAAAAUGAAGUUGAAAGCCCAACUCAGAGCAAUUUUAUUGAUGAUACCCAACAAGCUCAGCAGCUCAUCAUUGAUUCCCAAGAAGAGCAAAUUGAAAGAGUUGGUAACACAGUUGGUACAUUAAAAUCUAUGAGCAAACAAAUAGGGAAUGAAUUGGAGGAACAAUCUGUAAUGCUAGAUGAGUUGGGCUAUGAAAUGGAGGUUACUGAAUCGAAAAUGGAUGCAACUGUUGGUAAAAUUGCUAAAGCUCUACACAUGACCAGUGAUAAAAGGCAGUGGACUGCUAUUGGAGUUUUGCUGCUAAUCAUUUUUAUAAUUAUACUUCUAUUUUUCAUUCUGUGAAAAAGAAAUUUCCAUCCUUAUUUAAGCAGUGAGUUGUAAAUAAGGAGUUUGCCAUCCAAUAUAUAGAGAUUAUAUAUCACUAACACUUUUAUGGAUUUUUAACUAGUUAUGUAUGUUUUGUUUAGAGAAAAUGUGAAACUGUUGUUAAAAUGUUUCUAAUGUGUUCAUGCAUUCCAAACAGUUUAGUCUUUGGUUGUGAGCUUAAUUUUCAUUGAAACUUGUUUUUUGUUGACAUUGGAAUAUUUUUAUUUAUAAGGAGUUGUUGAUUUAUAUAAAAAGUAGUUUCUAAAAUCUCAUUUUUGUUUGGGGGAAAAUGUAAUUGCAAGUUUUUAAUUUUUCCCUUUUUGGAUUUCGACCCUGUUUUUAUUCAUUUAUUAUUAUUAUAAGACAAGUUUAUUCGUUGAAAUUAUUUUAUCUAUCUUACUACAAAAUGUGUUAAUAUAGUUAUGUAUGUUAUUUGUGAUUAAAUAAAAUAAAAUCCUUUUACUGAUAAUUUUGACAUAAUUAUGUUGAUUAUAAGUUUAGUUGUUUUAAGCAGCUUUGUAUGAUUGUGUUUCUGCAUUCAAUACAUAAAUAAAAAUCCAUGUAUUUUGCACUCUUUUUUUUCUCAUUUAACCUCCUACCAUUAAACCCAUCAAGUUUUUUUUCUUUUUUAAUAAUAAUAAUAUUAGGUUGGUGAAGAAAUUUUUUAACAGUCCAUGUGUAGCUCUCUGCUAGGUUUUAGAAAAACUUUCUUACGCAUUGCAGAACUUUAUCUGCUUACUAAAUAAGUUUGAAACAUUUUCAAGUUCCUUGCUCAGCUAGAAUAAAUAUUUAUUAAAGUUUAUUGAAAGAAUAGGCAAUUAUGUGCUGCUAUCGUAAAGUUGUUUAGGAACUUUACUGUCAUGUGAAACAGGGAUUCUAACCUCAAAGAUGACUUGAAGUUUAUCUGACUAACAGCCUGGGUGGGAAGUAAGGGUGGUUGAUACACAAUACUAAUCACAUAGCCACUAUUAUGUCAUUUCUCUCAAAACUGAGAAGGUUUUACCUCCAUGACCCUGUAGACCAACAACUGGCCGCUGCAGGUGAGCUUUACUUCAUAAGCAGGUAUACAAUAUUAUUUUGUAUUAUGACUCCUUAUAAAAUUUCUACUUCACCUUGUAAGUCAAACCAGGUAUAUUUUUGAAAAAGUGAGGCCACCUUACAUUUUUAGCUAGAAUCAAUACAACAUAAAUGCAUUUUCUUAUGCCCUUUUUUUUCCUUCCACAUUUAUAUUUCUGAGAAAUUUUGACACCAACUUAAUGUUUUAUUCACUUUGUUGGCAACAAAAUGCAAUUAUCAAAAUUAAAGAUUAAUUCUUAAAUCAAUAUAUGAUUGAAGUAAUUGAAAAAAACUAGCAUAUCAAAUCUAUACUUCAUGAUUAUUCUAAUAUAUAUGUAGUUAUUACUGGCCUGAAUUUAUAUAUAUAUAUAAUUUUAUUAGUUCAAAAUAGCUUCAUAUAAUUUAUAAUAUUGGCUAUUUAAAAUGCUUUAAUGAACUAUUUAGUGUAUUAAUUGCAGUUUUAUUUAUUUUUCAAAGUAUUUUUUUAAUGCUUCAUUAUUUAAACUAAAAAUUAUAAAGGAUAGUUUUAAAUUAUAGAAUUACUCCUCUAAAUAUUCCUGGUUUUAUUGAGUUAUCUGAAGCAAAGCAUUUAUAUUUUCUGUGUAUAUUUAGGUAUUUUGUUUGAUUUUAACUUCUUGUGUUAUUUAUAUCAGAUAAUUGCAUAUCUGAUAUAAAUAACAAAAUGCUAUCUUACACUUAAUUUACUAUUUCUCACAUUUGAUAGGGCCGACAAACCUUGACCUUUUAAAAACGUCAUCUACCAUUUGCUUUGAUUUUCAAAUGUUAGCAAUUGUCUUUUUGACAGUGUGUUUAUGAAUAUAUAUCAUUUAAGGAUCUUUAUCUUAAAUUAUUUAGAAAAAUUCUCUACUUUUACGUUAUCGUUAUAUAUAUAUGCUAUAUCUUCUGUUACUUUUUAACUUUUCUUUAGGCAUAUUUGAAGAUAAUCUUUUUUUCCUUGCAAACUAACAAUAAAUGAUAAACACAAAACUCAUCAAAAACAUGGUGAAUUAAAAAUGGAGAUAAAUUAUAAAUGCUUAGAGCUUCAUUGAUUCUUAUCUUUUCCUGAUUCCAAUGCAAUUAAGUGUACAAUUAUUGUUGACAAUGCAAACAAUAUGAGCAAAGAAUAACAAAUUUACUUACUGCCCAUAAGUUUACUUGUCUUAGGGUGUUAUUCCCAAUUUUUUGCAGCUAUAAAAAAUCAUAUCUUUUUUUUAAAAAACAAUUAACAUGUUAACAUAUUUGAGUUAUAGUGAAUUGAUUGUAUACUUGUAAAAGGUUUAUAUUAUUAUUCUACAAAAUGUUUAGUUUCUUAGCUGAUUUAAGAACUUUCAUAUGUUAUAUGUAUGAUCCAAUUUUUCACCAUAUCUGUUUUACCUUUUUUCCUUACUCAUUUUUUCUUCUACAGGGUAAUAUUUUCAUUUUAAAAACUUUUUUUUUUCCAACUUAAACAUUAGAACAAAGUUUUUAAUAGAAAAUGCAUACCUUUAAAUCUGUGUAAAAGAUUCUGAUAUUGAGUUUUUUAAUGUAUUAUUGGGUUUAAAAUGCGUUGCAUAAUUAAUCUGUGUCUCAAAUAUGUCGAUAAUAUUAUUUUAUAAAAGUAUUCAAAAAGUAAUAAUUACUGCAUAACUUAUUAACUUUUUGUUAAUGAGUGAAAUAUUGUGAUGUAUUUCUUAUUAGUCUCUAUUAGAUUUUUUAUUUAUUAACUAUUUUUCGAUAAUUCAGCAAGUUUAGUAAUGCCAAAAUACCUGUUGUAUGUGUAAGACAUACAUUAUUUUGUAAUUAGUAUAAAGUUGUCAAUAUUUUGAAGCAUGUAAUUGUUAAUAAAUUUAUGUAACUCAUCAA